UCUCCUCCUCUCUGUCUGACUCAGUUGCCAUUGGUUCGCGUGAGGCGGGCUGCUGGAUGGCGAUGCCCGCUUAGGGGGAGGAACUCUGAGCGCACGCCGAGCCGCUGCGCAUAAACAUUCUGCCAAAGAGAAAAGAAGAUGUUUUUUCUCUCUCCUGCAUCUGCUCACCUUUCUUCAAUCUUUGCCGGCAUUACGGACGGAACUUGCGGUGUCUGGACUGGUCCAGCACGGGGGAGGCGGCAAGAGGGUUUAGCGGAGGUCCUGCCAACAGCCGGUCUCGCCUAACUGUGGACCACUACGCGUCAGUAUGGGUUCGCUGAAGAACGGACGCCUCCUCUAUACGGCGGGGCUUCUGCUUUUGGUUUAUUGCACGUCAUCUAUCAUCUCCAAAGGUUCUACAGGGGAUGCUCAGGCAGGCGCCCAACCCUCAGCGCAGGGCACCCUGCCGCGCUUCAUUCAGGAGCCAGAGGACGCCUACAUAGUCAAGAGCACUCCCAUUAAAUUGCGCUGUCGAGCCACACCUGCCUUGCAGAUCUUCUUUAAAUGCAAUGGAGAAUGGGUUCACCAGAACGAGCACUUCUCCCAUGAGUAUCAAGACCUCAACACUGGGCUUAAAGUGCGGGAGGUGAUGAUCAACGUGUCCCGUCAGCAGGUUGAGGAUUUCCAUGGCCCGGAAGACUACUGGUGUCUCUGUGUGGCAUGGAGUCACUUAGGUACCUCCAAAAGUCGCAAGGCUACAGUCCGCAUUGCCUACCUAAGAAAAAACUUUGAGCAGGACCCCCAGGGGAAGGAAGUGCCAAUCAAUGGGAUGAUCGUUCUGCACUGUCGCCCUCCGGAGGGAGUUCCUGUGGCAGAGGUGGAAUGGCUGAAGAAUGAAGAGCUGCUCAGCUCCCAAGCUGAUGACAACAUCGACAUGAGCGCAGACCACAACCUCAUCUUAAAUGAGGCUCGUCUCUCUGACUCGGGAAACUACACCUGCGUGGCCAGCAACAUUGUGGCCAAGAGACGCAGUGCUACAGCCACUGUGACAGUCUUUGUCAAUGGUGGCUGGUCCCUUUGGACAGAGUGGUCACCUUGUAACGUGCCAUGUGGGCGAGGUGUGCAGAAGAGAUCACGGACCUGUACCAACCCAGCGCCGUUGAAUGGUGGAGCUUUCUGCGAGGGCAUGUCUGUGCAGAAGAUAUCAUGCAACGCCCCGUGUCCAAUCGAUGGAGGCUGGGAUGAAUGGAGUGAAUGGACCGCAUGCAGCAGCCAGUGUGAAAGACAGCGAAGUCGAGAGUGCAACUCCCCAGCACCCAAACACAGAGGCAAGAUGUGCGAAGGGAGCUCGGAGGCCACUGAGAACUGCACAGAUGGACAAUGUACUCAAAAUCGAAAGCUGCUACAUGACGUUAAACCUCAAAGCAUGGACAGUUCCAAUGACGUGGCUCUAUAUUCUGGCUUGGGAGCUGGUAUUAUUGCCGUGGGCAUACUGGUCGUGGCUAUCAUGCUGUACAGGAAGAACCAGAGCCAGUUCAGCGUAGAUGUCAUUGAUUCCUCUGCACUUGCCGGAGGGUUACAGUCUUUCAACUUCAAGACCACCAGACAAGGAAACCCUCUGCUCCUAAAUUCUUCUAUUCCACCAGACUUAACUGUGGGACGCACCUAUAGCACUUCUCUGUGCUUCCAGGACGGUGCAGACAAAGAACUUUUUGACCCCUUGCCAGACAUAAAGGUAAAAGUGCAAAGCUCAUUUAUGGUCUACGGUGUGGCGGAGCGCGCCGAGUUCCAUGCCAAAGCACCUGUUGAGACCUUACCGCGGGACCUGAGCCGGGAUUACUGCAGCUCACUAGACAGACGUAAGAAAGGUCUACUCACUUUCAAUGGACCUUUGAGUACCAAUAAACAUCAACUGAGAACCACCGGCGUGUUUGGUCAGCCUGGAGGACGACUAGUCUUGCCGAACACUGGAGUCAGCCUGCUGGUGCCUCAUGGAGCCGUGGCUGAAAAUAUGUCCUGGGAGAUGUACAUGGUGAUCAGCCUGGGAGAGGCAAGUGUCAAUUCACUGGAAGGCUGUGAAAUCCUCCUGAGCCCCGAGGUGAUGUAUGGUCCUCCCGGUCUGGACCUAUCCUGCCCAGUGGCCAUGACCAUGGCUCACUGUGCCGAGGUGGACUCUGAGAACUGGAACAUCCAGCUCAGGAGGAGAACCCAGGGCAGUAAAUGGGAGGAGGUGAUGUUGGUGGAGGAUGAAUCCACUUCUUGUUACUGCCUCAUGGAAUCCACAAGCUGCCACCUGCUGCUCAGCCAGCCAGGUUCAUACGCCCUGGUGGGUGAACCCCUCACGCAGGCUGCCAUCAAGAGGUUGAAGCUGGCUGUGUUUGGCAACAUGGAGGGAGCUUCCAUGAGCUACAGCCUGCGGGUGUACUGCGUCGAUGAUACGCCACAUGCCUUUCAGGGAGUGGUGGCAGCAGAGAAGAGCAGAGGGGGUCAGCUCCUCGAGGAGCCAAAGAUGUUGCCUUUUCGAGCAAACACCUUCAGCCUGCAGGUGUCUAUUCACGAUGUCCCCCAGUUCUUGUGGAGCAUUAAGCCCUUUACCACCUGUCAGGAAUUCUCCUUCCCCCAAGUGUGGUGCAGCAACCAGCAGCCUCUGCACUGUGCCUUCUCCCUGGAGAGAUACAGCCCAGCCGCCACCCAGCUCUCCUGCAAAAUCAGCGUGCGGCAGGUUAAAGGCCAUGAACAGAUUCUGCAGGUUUACACAGCUGUUGGCAAGACUGAAAAGGAAUUGGUUCCAGUUUUCAUGCAGACAGACUGCACCAUCACCUCUCAGACGGGGCCCAAGGCUUUCAAAAUCCCCUUAUCCAUCCGCCAGAGGAUUUGCGCCACCUUUGACACUGCCAAUGCCAAGGGCAAGGACUGGCAACUCUUAGCCCACAAACUCCACUUAGAUCGAAACCUUGGCUAUUUUGCAAAGCAGCAGAGUCCCUCGGCCAUCAUCCUGUGCCUAUGGGAGGCCCGCCACCAGGACACGGCUGACCUUGACUCUCUUGCCAGUGCCCUUGAAGAAAUUGGCAAGAUCCACCCCAAAAGUUCCCCCAAGGAUCAGGAUGAGGAGGCAACUGACUCGAAUCAAAUACAACCGUGCAGUCUGAGAUGAACCUGCACGAUUCCAAAUCAUACGGCUUGAAGACUCAGCGUCUCAAUCUCCAGGUGGAGUGCAGAACCUCAAGCUCACAGAGUACAGAUGAUAAACGAUGUCGGUGGGAUGCGAGGUGAUGUAGAAACCAUGAUCUGUCUGAACGAAAAGAGUUUAGGCUUGGCUUGUUGUGGUUUCCAUGACGACUGUACUUUUUCUGCUAUUAGCCUGUCUAAUGACAGAGUGCUCAUCAGCUUCUUCAUGUUAUCCUUUUGUUGACAACGAAAUUUUCUUUGAUUGUAUUCCAUCCUUAGUGGAUUGGUGGCUGAGGAAGAUAUUGUGUGUGUCAAGUGAUUUCUGAAUCGGCAAUGAGAACAAAGCAAAACUGGGGGAUAUUAUUGGCAGAAGAGGCAUAUAUUGCGUAAAUGUUGUAUUUGUGAGAAUUCCAAGUACUGAACCAUAUUCAUCUCUUUCAACUGUCCUGAAAACCGAGUUCUAUUUUCAGACUUUGAAUAUAUUAUAUGUGAAAUGAUAAAAUAAUAAUAUAGGCCUACUUUAUAUAGCAUCUGUCCUACGGCAGGCAGCAUGGUCAGUGUGUGGCAACCUGACAUGGUCACUGUCCAGUGGUAGAGUGAUUUCAUACCGCAUUUUUACAUCUGAUAUAACUUUUUUAUUUUCCAGUGUCAGAAAUAGGAGUUAAUUUCCGAGAGCUGUCGGGGGUGCAUGACUGUGGCUAAUCAACUAAUUACACCAUUAAGAGCUGUCAUGAUGACUUCACAUGAGCACACCAAAUGAAAUUCAUCCGGCCACCCCGAUAAAACAGGGUGGCAGGAUGUUUCUGAAACUGGAAGUCACAUAUAUUCCCAAUGUAUUUCGACACCACAAAGACGUUGAGAACAGUGGCUGACUCUCAUGAUACAAAAGCCAAAAUCUAAACAAUGAACUAUUUGUUGUUCUAA